AUGAUGGGCUAUUUGUCCCGUAAUCAGAAAUUGGGAUGUGAGUAUUGUUUAAAAAUGGAAUCAAAACUAAUAUCUCAGGAAUGGAAAAAAUGUAACGUUACGACAUCGGGGAAAGACAAAAUAGUGCAUCAAGCAUCUUUAAGAAAAAAAAUGAGUGAACAUUUUGUAUCAAAAUCACACAAACUAGCUGUUGAACAUACCAAGAUACUUAAAAAACAAACUUUUACAGCAUGUAUUGAUAAGAUGAACGAAAAAUUUAUUAGUUCUACUACAAGAAUCUUCAACACUGUUUACAGUCUAGCGAAAAGAAAUUGUCCGUUUUCAGACAUAGAAAGUGUAAUAGAGCUUCAAGUAAAAAACGGGUUGGACAUGGGAACUGGACUUUAUUCUCGACAUAGUGCAAGUAAGAUAGUAGAGCAUAUCACGCAAGAAACUAAAGAAGAAUUGUUUAUAUCAAUUAUUAAGAAUAAUUUAAAAAUGUGUACUGUUAUUAAUGAAACUUCCACCAUUUCUAGUAAAUCAACGCUUAUAGUUUUCAUCAAAGUAGAAUCUUCUACAGUAGCAUCUUCUGAAAUAUCCCCAAUAAUAUUCGUAGAUAUUGUGGAACUUGACGCACAAGAUGCGAAUACUAUUUUUCAAAGUUUGUUGGGUGUAUUACUUGCUGUUGGAUUUGAUACAAAUUAUUUAAAACUGAAUUUAAUAGGAUUCUGUUCUGACGGUGCUAGCGUAAUGCUUGGUUGUAAAUCUGGAGUCAGCGUACGAAUAAAAGAGAUGUUUCCAAAUGUUAUUAUUUGGCACUGUCUCAAUCACCGCCUACAACUUGUUUUAGAUGAUUCCAUAAAAGAUAUCAAACAGGUUAAUCAUUUUAAAGUUUUCAUAGACAAAAUAUAUUGUAUUUUUCAUCAAUCUAAUAAAAACCAAAAAGAACUGAAUGAUAUUUCCCAGGAGCUUAGUUUGGGUAUAAUUAAGAUUGGAAGAGUUUUAGGACCAAGAUGGGCUGCGUGCAUCCUAAGAUCUGCGUUUGCUGUAUGGCGGAGCUACCCUGCUUUGUAUACGUUGUUCUCUUCUAACCAAAAAAUGUCUGGAAUGGCAAAAUGA